AUGGCCCGCGCCGCCUGUGGGCUUGCGUCGCCGGCCGUAGCUCCAAGGCAGCGAGGCUGCACUCAGGAGGCCCGCCCCCCAGGGCAGCAGCGCACUCAGAGUGGCUGUUUGCGACGCCCAUCGGGCGCUGCCCCGCCCCGGGUCCGGGAGGCUAGGUUGCCUGCCCCGGCGAGCGGCAGAGCCCUUCUGGACAGCUCCCGCUCACCCAAACAGAAGACGUCGGCGCCGGAGCGGGCUCGGACAUGGCGAGGCAGCGCGCCGGCCCGAGCGCUGGGCACGGCGGCAGCGGCAGCGGCGGCGGCGUCGCGCUCGGCCAUGGUCACUAGCAUGGCCUCGAUCCUGGACGGCGGCGACUACCGGCCCGAGCUCUCCAUCCCGCUCCAUCACGCCAUGAGCAUGUCCUGCGACUCGUCCCCGCCCGGCAUGGGCAUGAGCAACACCUACACCACACUGACGCCGCUCCAGCCGCUGCCGCCCAUCUCCACCGUGUCGGACAAGUUCCACCACCCGCACCCGCACCACCACCCGCACCACCACCACCACCACCACCACCAGCGCCUGUCGGGCAACGUCAGCGGCAGCUUCACCCUCAUGCGCGACGAGCGCGGGCUCCCGGCCAUGAACAACCUCUACAGCCCCUACAAGGAGAUGCCCGGCAUGAGCCAGAGCCUGUCCCCGCUGGCCGCCACGCCGCUGGGCAACGGGCUGGGCGGCCUCCACAACGCGCAGCAGAGCCUGCCCAACUAUGGGCCGCCGGGCCACGACAAAAUGCUCAGCCCUAACUUCGACGCGCACCACACUGCCAUGCUGACCCGCGGUGAGCAGCACCUGUCCCGCGGCCUGGGCACCCCGCCCGCGGCCAUGAUGUCGCACCUCAACGGCCUGCACCACCCGGGACAUGCUCAGUCCCACGGGCCGGUGCUGGCGCCCAGCCGCGAGCGGCCACCCUCGUCCUCGUCUGGCUCGCAGGUGGCUACAUCGGGCCAGCUGGAGGAGAUCAACACCAAAGAGGUGGCCCAGCGCAUCACCGCCGAGCUGAAGCGCUACAGCAUCCCACAGGCGAUCUUCGCGCAGAGGGUGCUGUGCCGGUCUCAGGGGACUCUCUCCGACCUGCUCCGGAACCCAAAACCGUGGAGUAAACUCAAAUCUGGCAGGGAGACCUUUCGCAGGAUGUGGAAGUGGCUGCAGGAGCCCGAGUUCCAGCGCAUGUCCGCCUUACGCCUGGCAGCGUGCAAACGCAAAGAGCAAGAACCAAACAAAGACAGGAACAAUUCCCAGAAGAAAUCCCGUCUGGUGUUCACCGACCUCCAACGCCGAACACUCUUUGCCAUCUUCAAGGAGAACAAACGCCCGUCCAAAGAGAUGCAGAUCACCAUUUCCCAGCAGCUGGGCCUGGAGCUUACGACCGUCAGCAACUUCUUCAUGAACGCCCGGCGCCGCAGCCUGGAGAAAUGGCAGGACGAUCUGAGCACGGGGGGCUCCUCGUCCACCUCCAGCACUUGUACCAAAGCGUGAUGAUGGAAGGACUCUCGGUUGGGCACAGGUCACCUCCAGAUGAGGACAACCGACAUGAAAGAAAACACAAAGGAAAAAGACACCGGAUUCUUAGCUGGGGCCCUUCACUGGUGAUUUGAAAGCACAAUUCUCUUGAAAAGAAACUUCUAUUCUAGCUGUAAUCAUAGGCCAGGUGUUCUUUUUUGUUUUGUUUUUAAUGGCUAUGGAGUCCAAGUGCAAGCUGAAAAUUAAUCUUUUUGAACCGGACAUUGUCCUCUGAGCAUGCUAAGCAUCCCAGAAACCCAAAUGGGGGUCUUCCUGGAGCGAGUUGAUUUCAGUGUGGUGUCAGCCAAGCUCGGGAUCUCUUCAGAUGUCAACAGUCCCACUUCGGGCCCUUUUGCAGUGAGAGUUCCCAUGUGUCAUGGUGGGAAUUUGGCCUGUGUAAGGAUUCUGAGUUUAGGCUCCCAAGAUGCUACCAUGAAAGAGUCUUCUAGCAACAAGAAUGGCCUCAUUUGCUUUCCAAGUGCUUAGCCUCAUCAUACCACAGUUCACAGCCAUAACAUAAAAACAGCAGAAUGAUAAUUACUGAGCACAACUUUUAAAUAUGGAAAUUAAAAAAAAAAAUCCAAGGACCUGUUUUUCCAACUCAGGCAUCGUUCCAUUGAAUGGUUUAGAAAGCUUUAAGUUGAUCCAGUUUACAAUUUUCUUUUCCUUACCUCCUGGAAAUCUCACGUGGUCUUGGAUCCAUCAAAAAAAAAAUAUAUCAGUUCUCUUGAGCUCAACGUAUCAAGCACAACGUAGAUAAACAGAGAAGUAAGGAAGGUUCUGGAUUCACCACAUCUGGAUUUUCAAGACGCUGAUUGUGAAGUCAUUGGGGAAUCGUUGGGAAUAUGGCUUCAAGCACAUUUUGCAGUUUGCUACAAAUUCUGUUUGUACAUAAUGCAGACGCACACUCAGGAGGCCAAUUUAACUGUUACGGUACAUGGAGCAAAUGCAGCAUUUUAAAAGAUCUAGAUUUUUUUAGAUCAUUGAUGUAUCCUUCUCGGUUAUUAGUUACCUGGUUCCUCCUACUGUGCAUUGUAACUACCACAUGAUUCAUUCUCACUGUUUCAGAUUUCGGUUGUUUCCUCAUCCAUCCCAUUGGUAGGGACGUUUUUUCAGUGUUUUCUAGCAAGAAAAAAAAAAGAAGUAAUUCAAACCACCAUAUGUGUUAGUCACGAGGGUCAUCUAGUCCCAAAUCUCUUCCAUUGUCGAAUCAUUCUUGCAAAACAGCUGAGUAAAUCUGGAGAAAACACAGCACACCAAAGAAGCAGAAUACUGCAAACCAAAGACAUUUAUUACUUGCCAUUUUCUAGCCUAAAAAUACUGUGAUUACUUUUAGAAAUCAGAAAACCUCUGCAAUUCCAAAUGGCAUUCAGCUCUUGCAUUUGGCUCACCAUCGGGCUGAGCGGACCGGCUAGCCAAGCCACCCAGGGAGUGGCUUUGCCACUCCAGCUCUGGUUCCUGGCUGUCACCUUCCCACAGCACGCGGAAGAGCGCCCACAGAACUCUGGGAGAUUGCAAAGGUCAUGAUGUGCAUAUUUACCAGUGAAUGGCCCCAGGUGGGCCCCAUGGGGGUGUUCGAAGCAAGCCAAACGCUGCAAUGAUUCUUUACAGACACUUGAGACUGACUUUUUUAUGAAUUACUUAAUCGAAACCAAAGAAACUUUUUCUGCACCUACUUCUGCAACAAACAAAACUGUUCCAUUAAAAUGAAUAAAUACAUGAAUCAGUGAAAAUCACCACCAACAAGAAGGAAGCACGCCAGAAAAAAAAAGAAACAAAAACAAAAAAAAAACAGCGAGACACACUGUGCUUAAACAGACCUCUUGGGACAUUUUUUGGAAGCAGAUUUUGAAGAAAGGGUUGAGACAGGAACAGAUAUAAGGAAGAGCC